AGGACCCUGCAUUCACUAUAUCUGGUCUCCCAGGACCCUGCAUUCACUAUAUCUGAUCUCCCAGGACCCUGCAUUCACUAUAUCUGGUCUCCCAGGACCCAGCAUUCACUAUAUCUGGUCUCCCAGGACCCUGCAUUCACUAUAUCUGGUCUCCCCAGGACCCUGCAUUUCACUAUAUCUGAUCUCCCCUCACCCUGCAUUCACUAUAUCUGGUCUCCCAGGACCCUGCAUUCACUAUAUCUGGUCUCCCAGGACCCUGCAUUCACUAUAUCUGGUCUCUCACAGUACACAGAACAUGAAAAUGCAAAUAUUUUAGUAAAUAUAAACUGCUAA